UUUCUAUAAUUAAAUUUUAUAAUUUUUGAUUUUCAAAGACUUCAAAUAUGAAAGAAUUAGGCCGAAUGUAGCGCAUAGUGGCGCAUAGUGGCAUAGUGGCAAUUAUUCACCCACAAUAAGUAGGUAUAAAUAGGUAUAAAUUAUUAAAAAAAAUAUUUCAUUUAAAUAUCAGUAACAAUCUGAGCAAGUUUCAGUGAAAAUCGGUUUUCGAAAGCAAAAUAGUUUACACAGAAACUUAAAAAAAUGAUCAAUCAUCGACAGCUCAGUCUAGCUCUCCCACUGCUCUUGCUUCGGGUUCUUGCUGGAACUAAGGCAAAUCCGCAAACAGAUGCAACGAAUAACAAAUUGGAUAAGCAGCAAUCCAUGGAGACGACCACACCGUCCGUGCGCGCUGCAAACGUGUCAGGCUUCGACUUUGAGGAAGUAGUGCGCACUUGUAACGCCAGUUUCACAGUACCGUUAGAGUAUAUUCAGCAAUUCAAUGAAACCGCAGAAUUGCCGAACAUAACCGACAAAACAGGCAUGUGCUUCUUGAAAUGCUACAUGGAGAACACGGGCCUUUUGCGAAAUUGGCAACUGAAUCCUACACUGAUCAGGCAAACUAUGUGGCCAGCCACUGGAGACUCGAUACCCGUCUGCCAAAAUGAAGGCUCUCGUGAGACCUGUCCUUGCAAGCGCACCUAUGCCAUCGCUAAGUGCUUAAUGUUACGCGCUCUCGUGGAUGCCCGUAAUAAACCGAUAGUUUGACAAUAUUCUGACGGCUUCACGAGCAACAAUUAACUUUAAAUGGUCGCAUAGCCACAUGUUAUUACAAUUGUUUUUGCUCUUCGUGCAUCUGAAAGUCGUUCUGUCUAAUAUUUGCUAUAAUUAAAAUUCGAAUUAUAUUAUAUAAAAUAGUUCAAUAUUUAGAUCUACACCAUAAUAAAAAUAUUUAGAAGCACUUUGCUUUGCAGCCGCACCAAUAUACGUAUUCUUAUCGGACCGUUGAUCGAAGGCUUCUUUGCUGAUUUGUGGAACUUUAAUGGCUCAUGUGAAUCCGAUUAGAUGUGUAUGUACAGAUUAUGUAUACUUGAAGGGUAUUUAUUGAUAAAUGCUGCUUGAGGAUGGAAUGCUUAUAUAAUGUUAUCUAGCAUACCUAUAAAUGCUACCAUUUUAGCUGCUUAAAUAAAUGUAUUAAUGAAAAAAUUAA